AGGCGGCCGUGGAGAUGGGGUGGGGCUGUUGCCAGGGCGGUGCAGGAGAACACGCAUGGAGCAUUUGUCGGCUUGCCCAGUCCAGGGGUUCAAUAAAUGUUGGUUUCUUUUUGCUUUCCUCCCCACACUUACAGCGGUGAUCUAGGAUCAGGAAAACUUGAUGGCUCUUUUUGUAGGCUCACAUGCAUUUCACAGGAUCCUGCUGGGUCCUAGUGUAACCCUGGUGGGGUUUUCAUGCAUUAAUAGGCUUUGACACAUGAGGAAUCUGAGGCCAGAGCAAUAAAGAGGCUGCCCCAAUGUUACGUGUGCUGGGGGAGCAGAGCUAGGGCUCUUCUCUGGCUUUCCCUGUAGCAAUGUGCACAGAAGCCCCAGAAUGCUCCAGAAUGCCAGAUGGAGCUUCGCUAGGCUGCACUUUCAGGUAGGGCUCUGGGUAUAGUGGUUCCUACCAGGAUGUCAGAGCCACCCCUUUUUCCCCAGACGCAUAUGGGAGCUCCUGAGUUCUGGUUCUCCUGGUGCCCUUUCAGCCCACAGUGCUGCCCUGAGCCCCUCCUGCACAGAGUGGUUCCCUGUUUCCCGAGGAAAGCAAGGCCACAGGGCCCUCCAUGGUUGCUUGUGUUUCCCUGAGAAAGUUCGCAGCUUGUCACCAUGAGCUCCUUACACUAACAACAACAAAAAUCACAGGAGAGAAGUCGGCACAAUCCUGAUGAUUUUAACAGAACCUCAAAGCACUUUUAAGUCAGUAGGCAGCUUUUUAAAAAAAAUACUAAUUUUCCAAGGUACAGUUUAAAGUCCUUCUAUCUCUUUGACAUCACCAAAACUUCAGCCCCACCUCUUGUUUCCAGGCAUGACAGUUUGACCCACAAUGGGCUCCUGUUGCCGUAGUCUCUGUCUGGGGCUACUCUCUACCUGUCUGGCAAGCAUUUCAGUCCAGAUGAGCAGCCUUUGAAAUUAGAUGAACACUCAGACUUUCAUGGUUGUAAGACACAAACUAGGGGGUGAGCUUGCCUUGACAUUUGUGGGUCUUGGGUGAAGAGUGUGAAGUGAAGCCCCCAGUCUGCCAUACACCCGAUUUUCUCUCUACUCCUGGUCUUGUGUGUCCAAGCUGCCACCACUCCUGCCUCCCCUUGGACCUAGGGGUGCCUCUUGGCCACCUUCCAGGUCUACGUGCAUACCCACAGGCCCUGGGAAAGGGCCUGGAAGCAGGCAUGAAGCCUUUUAGACGGGGAAUCUCAUGGCUCCAGGGACCCAGAACCUGGUCUCCAAGAGACUCUUGGGGAGGGGUGAGCUUGGCCCCGACCGAAUGAGGUUCAGGGCUUGAGCCCUUGUUGCCCUGUCCUAAAGGCAGUACUGAUAAGGGGACACCUUGUUUCAAAAACUUAAGCAACAAAGGCAGCUCAAAAAUGUUUCCUGUUUAUAUGGCUGGUGGUUGUAUUUCUGCAUCCUCUGCUCUCCUUUUCCUCCUCAACCUUGGUCUCAUACAUACGAUUGCUUCCUAAAGCAUAGUUGAUGAAACUGACCCAUUUCCUGUUGCUUGCCGAGGUAGCUCAGUAACCAGUAUAUUCCUUCUGCUGGUGAAACCUGGCAGAGAACCUGGGAAAGCUGACAGCUGUUGUGUUUUGCGGCUUUCAGCCACUGCCUUAUAUGGCUUCUCCUGCCAUCUUCGAUGAUGUCUCUCCUCUGUGCCUCCACCUAUUUAUUUUUUCCCACUUGUCUACCCACAGAGCCAGGCUCCCUUACCUACCUGUGUAUUCUCUGACUGUGUUCCUUGAGUGUGAAUUUGCCUUGUUUUACUUGUAGGUAUGAAGGUCUAAGUAGAGGUACACGUGGAACCUUCUUUGAGGUGUAUUUAUGUAAGGAACUGUCUGGAAGAAGUGGUUCUCCAACCUCUCUGCCCUUUAGUUCCCUGGAGGCCUUGUUACAACAGAUUGCUGGGUUUCACUCUCAGAGUCUCUAAUUCAGUAGAUCUGUGGUGGGGCUUGAGAAUUCGCAUUUCCAGUUGAGGACCAUUGUUUUAGAGGAGUACAGAACGAAAAGUCAGAAAUACUGAAAAUCUGAAGGUGGUCGUUUUGAUGGAAGCUUUUCUUGGAUGUGAGAGAGUCAAGGGCCUGACAUUAGAAUUCUUUGCAACUCUUUUGCCUUUUGUAGACGUGACUUCCAGAAACUAUAUGCACAUGCAGAUCCAGCCUCCUGUCUGCCUCUCCUCUCAUCUGCCUCCACAUCUUCUCAGGGAAGGUCAGAAAGUGCAGGAGCCACUUUCUCUUGUUCAUCCAGAGCCAGCUGGUCUGUAGUUUAUCCAGGGGCCCCAGAAUAAAAUGGGCCAAAUGUCAUCCUCACAAUAAUAAUGCAUUAUAAUUAACUAAUAUUUAAGAGCUCUAUGAUUUUCUCCAUUUACAGAGGAGGAAAUUGAGGCUUAGAGAUAUGAAAUAACGUAUGCAAGGCCUCAUAACAAGUAAUUGGUCAAGCCAGAACUUGAACCUGAGUCCACCUGACGCCAGUGCAUGCCUUUAUCUUCACUGGCAGGCAACCCUGCUUCUCGCAGGUAUGGCCUCACAUGUGCAAGUUUUCUCCCCUCACACCCUUCAAUCAAGUGCCUUCUGUAGUGUGAAGAAACUGAAAAUAGAGCCGAGUUCCAACUGGGACAUGACUGGGUACGGCUCCCACAGCAAAGUGUACAGCCAGAGCAAGAACAUCCCCCCGUCGCAGCCAGCCACAACCGUCAGCACCUCCUUGCCGGUCCCAAACCCAAGCCUACCUUACGAGCAGACCAUCAUCUUCCCAGGAAGCACCGGGCACAUCGUGGUCACAUCAGCAAGCAGCACUUCUGCCACCGGGCAGGUCCUCGGCGGACCACAUAACCUAAUGCGUCGAAGCACUGUGAGCCUACUUGAUACCUACCAAAAAUGUGGACUCAAGCGUAAGAGCGAGGAGAUUGAGAACACAAGCAGCGUGCAGAUCAUCGAGGAGCAUCCACCCAUGAUUCAGAAUAAUGCAAGUGGGGCCACUGUCGCCACUGCCACCACGUCAACUGCCACCUCCAAAAACAGCGGCUCCAACAGUGAGGGCGACUAUCAGCUGGUACAGCAUGAGGUGCUGUGCUCCAUGACCAACACCUACGAGGUUUUAGAGUUCUUGGGCCGAGGGACGUUUGGGCAAGUGGUCAAGUGCUGGAAACGGGGCACCAACGAGAUCGUGGCCAUCAAGAUCCUGAAGAACCACCCAUCCUAUGCCCGACAAGGUCAGAUUGAAGUGAGCAUCCUGGCCCGCUUGAGCACAGAGAGUGCUGAUGACUACAACUUCGUCCGGGCCUACGAGUGCUUCCAGCACAAGAACCACACGUGCUUGGUCUUCGAGAUGCUGGAGCAGAACCUCUAUGACUUUCUGAAGCAAAACAAGUUCAGCCCCUUGCCCCUCAAAUACAUUCGCCCAGUUCUCCAGCAGGUAGCCACAGCCCUGAUGAAACUCAAAAGCCUAGGUCUUAUCCAUGCUGACCUCAAACCAGAAAACAUCAUGCUGGUGGACCCCUCCAGACAGCCCUACCGAGUCAAGGUCAUUGACUUUGGUUCAGCCAGCCACGUGUCCAAGGCUGUGUGCUCCACCUACUUGCAGUCCAGAUAUUACAGGGCCCCUGAGAUCAUCCUUGGUUUACCAUUUUGUGAGGCAAUUGACAUGUGGUCCCUGGGCUGUGUCAUUGCAGAACUGUUCCUGGGUUGGCCGCUAUAUCCAGGAGCUUCAGAGUAUGAUCAGAUUCGGUAUAUUUCACAAACACAGGGUUUGCCUGCUGAAUAUUUAUUAAGUGCAGGGACAAAGACAACUAGGUUUUUCAACCGUGACACGGACUCACCAUAUCCUUUGUGGAGACUGAAGACACCAGAUGACCAUGAAGCAGAGACAGGGAUUAAGUCAAAGGAAGCAAGAAAGUACAUUUUCAACUGUUUAGAUGAUAUGGCCCAGGUGAACAUGACGACUGAUUUGGAAGGGAGCGACAUGUUGGUGGAGAAGGCUGACCGGCGGGAGUUCAUUGACCUGUUGAAGAAGAUGCUGACCAUUGACGCGGACAAGAGAAUCACUCCAAUCGAAACCCUGAACCAUCCCUUUGUCACCAUGACACACUUGCUUGAUUUUCCCCAUAGUACACACGUCAAAUCAUGUUUCCAGAACAUGGAGAUCUGCAAGCGUCGGGUGAAUAUGUAUGACACGGUGAACCAGAGCAAGACCCCCUUCAUCACGCACGUGGCCCCCAGCACGUCCACCAACCUGACCAUGACCUUUAACAACCAGCUGACCACAGUCCACAACCAGGCUCCCUCCUCUACCAGUGCCACUAUUUCCUUAGCCAAUCCCGAAGUCUCCAUACUAAACUACCCAUCUACACUCUACCAGCCCUCAGCAGCAUCCAUGGCUGCAGUGGCCCAGCGGAGCAUGCCCCUGCAGACGGGAACAGCCCAGAUUUGUGCCCGGCCUGACCCAUUCCAGCAAGCUCUCAUCGUGUGUCCCCCCGGCUUCCAAGGCUUGCAGGCCUCUCCCUCUAAGCACGCUGGCUACUCAGUGCGAAUGGAAAAUGCGGUUCCCAUCGUCACUCAAGCCCCAGGAGCUCAGCCUCUUCAGAUCCAACCAGGUCUACUUGCCCAGGCUUGGCCAAGUGGGACCCAGCAGAUCCUGCUUCCCCCAGCAUGGCAGCAGCUGACUGGAGUGGCCACCCACACGUCAGUGCAGCACGCCACCGUGAUUCCAGAGACGAUGGCCGGCACCCAGCAGUUGGCGGACUGGAGGAACACGCAUGCUCACGGAAGCCAUUACAAUCCCAUCAUGCAGCAGCCUGCGCUAUUGACCGGUCAUGUGACCCUUCCAGCAGCCCAGCCCUUAAACGUGGGUGUGGCCCACGUGAUGCGGCAGCAGCCAACCAGCACCACCUCCUCCCGGAAGAGUAAGCAGCACCAGUCAUCUGUGAGAAAUGUCUCCACCUGUGAAGUGUCCUCCUCGCAGGCCAUCAGCUCCCCACAGCGAUCCAAGCGUGUCAAGGAGAACACACCUCCCCGCUGUGCCAUGGUGCACAGUAGCCCGGCCUGCAGCACCUCAGUCACCUGUGGGUGGGGCGACGUGGCCUCCAGCACCAACCGGGAGCGGCAGCGGCAGACAAUUGUCAUUCCCGAUACACCCAGCCCCACCGUCAGCGUCAUCACCAUCAGCAGUGACACGGACGAGGAGGAGGAACAGAAACACGCCCCCACCAGCACUGUCUCCAAGCAAAGGAAAAACGUCAUCAGCUGCGUCACGGUUCAUGACUCCCCCUACUCCGACUCCUCCAGCAACACCAGCCCCUACUCCGUGCAGCAGCGCUCCGGGCACAACAAUGCCAAUGCCUUUGACACCAAGGGGAGCCUGGAGAAUCACUGCACGGGGAACCCCCGAACCAUCAUCGUGCCACCCCUGAAAACCCAGGCCAGCGAAGUAUUGGUGGAGUGUGAUAGCCUGGUGCCAGUCAACACCAGUCACCACUCAUCCUCCUACAAGCCCAAGUCCUCCAGCAACGUGACCUCCACCAGCGGUCACUCUUCAGGGAGCUCGUCUGGAGCCAUCGCCUACCGGCAGCAGCGGCCAGGCCCCCACUUCCAGCAGCAGCAGCCGCUCAAUCUCAGCCAGGCUCAGCAGCACAUCACCACGGACCGCACUGGGAGCCACAGAAGGCAGCAGGCCUAUAUCACUCCUACCAUGGCCCAGGCUCCGUACUCCUUCCCACACAACAGCCCCAGCCACGGCACUGUCCAUCCCCACCUGGCUGCAGCCGCUGCCGCCCACCUCCCCACCCAGCCCCAUCUCUAUACCUACACCGCGCCUGCCGCCCUGGGCUCUACCGGCACCGUGGCCCACCUGGUGGCCUCGCAGGGCUCGGCGCGCCACACCGUGCAGCACACUGCCUACCCAGCCAGCAUCGUCCACCAGGUCCCCGUGAGCAUGGGCCCCCGGGUCCUGCCCUCGCCCACCAUCCACCCGAGUCAGUAUCCAGCCCAGUUUGCCCACCAGACCUACAUCAGCGCCUCGCCAGCCUCCACCGUCUACACUGGAUAUCCACUGAGCCCCGCCAAGGUUAACCAGUACCCUUACAUAUAAACACUGGAGGGGAGGGAGGGAGGGAGGGAGGGAGGGAGAGGAUAGCCCGAGGGAGGAGGGAGAGGAGGAGAAGGAAGGCGCUCCUGGGACCUUGGGCGCUGGCCUUUUAUACUGAAGAUGCCGCACAGAAACAAUGCAAACGGGGCAGGGGCGGGGAGGGGAGGGGGGCGCCAGGGGCCAGGACGGGACACCAGUGAAACUUGAACCGGGAAGUGGGAGGACGUAGAGCAGAGAAGAGAACAUUUUAAAAAGGAAGGGAUUCAAGAGGGUGGGAAAUCUAUGCUUUUUAUUUUAAAAAAGAAAAAGAAAAAAAAGAAAAAAAGAAAACGUCAAUAACAAAAAAAAACACACACACAGCUCAAGAACCCAUUCUACACCAAACUGGAAAGGAGAAGAGAGCACCAGGAAGAUUCCAGAAGCCGGGGUGGGGGGGCCAGUUUUUGAAGAACUUUAUGAACUUUUCAAAGAUUAUUUUCAUAUGACAGCAAGUGAUAUGGAAGACUUUGCUGUCAGGGACACCUGAUAUGGAAAUCAAAUAGAUUUUUAAUUAAUUGAACAUAAGAUUUAGAGAUUUUUCCAGAACUCGAAAGAGUCAACAGCCCUCCAGAAGGUCAGGCUGCAGUCCGAGGAGGCUGAUGUGUGGGUGGUGUGGGAUUGUCCCAGAUCCCGGGAAAGAAGGAGCGGGUCAGGCUGCUGGAAGGGCCCCAGGGUGCGAGGGGCGGGUUUUCUCUUUCUAAGCACUCUGGAUAAAUCCCUAAACAGUGUUGUCCCUCAAAUGUCAUUAAUAAUGUGUGUUGCAAACUUUAGGUUUUUUUCUUUUCUGAAAAUGUAUUUUCUCUCUGAAUCCACCCCCUGUCGCGUCGCGUAGGGCUAGCGGUAGUCACGGACACCCUAGUAGAAUGUAGCACCUGGCACCCUUGUCUCCUACCUGUGUUCAACUCCAAUGAUACCAAUAGAAUAUUCCUCAAUGUAAUUGCACAAAAAAAAAAAGCGAUAUAACAUAGGCAUGUAACCAAUGUGACGGUGCAGGCGUGCGGUGAGUGGGCGAGCGUGGGUGGGUGUGCGCGCCGCCUUCCCCGUGUGCCCCUUGGCGCCGCCACCCCAGCUGGCGCAGUCUCGAAACUGCAUCAUUCCCUCCUAGUGCCUUACCGAGCGAUAGACGCGGCGUGAGGGUUUACUUCCACUGGUACUCCAAGAAACUGAGGCUAGUCAGACACAAUCUCAGCUCUUCUGUUCUGCUGUUUUAACAGUUUACUCUGGCCUUUCCUUUUUUCUUUCUUUCUUUCUUUUAGAAAUGUUAAUGCCCAUUGUCUUUCUUGGGCUGUUUGCUAGCAGAAGGAUGCCAGGGAAGCCGGCAGGAGCUAGGAGAGAGUCCGUGGAUCUUGAAAGAGAUGUGGGAGGCAGAUGCCAGGCGGGUGCGUCUGGAGAUGGGGAUGGCGGUAGUUGAGUUGUACUUUGUGGGCGGAGGCCCAAAGAGACUCCCCACGCUUCACCCCUGCCCCACUCCACCAGCUCUGCCAUUUGUGAGGGCAGAGAUUUCUGGACUGUUGGCCUCACCAAGCAGCGGUCUCACGCCCCAGGCAGCAUCCCCCAAUCCCUCCCUCCACGAAAGCCUGGAGCUCUCAGCCUCCCCGGCGUGCUCCACUGUUUCCUUGCUCCCUGGGCUGUUUAGCUCUAAGGAUCUUGCCAGACCCCUCCCUCUGUAGACGACCACCAACCUCUGUUUGCUGUUGAAUUCUCUCCUCACAUUACCCAGGUCUGCUCAAGAUGUGAUUUUGGUUUUGGUUUCUGAGGAUUCUGGUGGGCAGAAGGUUGGAGGGACAUUUUUGAGGGUGACCAGGGGUCUGACACUGCACUUUUGGAAAAACACGGACAGGUAAAUUUCCAAAGAAAUCCACCCUUUGUCCUCUUUGCACCUUUGAUGCAUUCUGGAAGUUUUCUCAGGCUUUGGACACUGCUGGAGGUGGAGGUGUGGAGAGUUGGGGAGUUCUCUCUGUUCAUAGUAAAUAACUGAAAUAUGUGAAUGUGAAUGGCAGGAGAAUCUGGUCAAGGAUAGGGCCGAAAAGGGUGGUUCUGUUUGCUUCUGAUGCUGAGUCCUUAGCUGACCCCACAGCCAAGUUUCCAAGGUGCAAAGAGAUCUUUCCUGAGUCAGCGGCCCCAUCCUCAUCCUCCCACCCUUUACUUCCUCACUCCGCGGUCUCCCUUAAGGAUGACUGUGAAAGGUAUUUUCCUAGUGAUAUCCAACCUAAUUCAGUAACAGCACCGUUACUUAGCUCUUAGCUGUGAAAUAACUCUGGAAACUUCACCACCCCAACCAUAAAUUCUUACUUACAAAGAAAUAGCUCCCCAAACUGGAAACAACUUAGUCCAGGCCUCAGCAAGAAGGAAGGGCCCCAUGACUGCUCGACACUGGGCACAGCUGGGCAGUCUUGCCAGGAGGCCACUGGAGGCUGAGCUGGCAAGAGGCCAGCAGCAGAGAGAUGUCCUCCCUCGGGCUGUGAUCAAUAUCAUCUUUUUCCAGAGGUAGGGAAAUGCAGCCCUCUGAGACUGCAGAAAAAUAGUUCAGAGAGGGUGAGGGCUGCAAAGGCCCUGCCCCCGUCCCCGACGCCCAACAGCUGGGUCAGCCUGGAAAAUCCAUCUGUUAGGGAUUUUUUGUGGCAGCAAUAGCCCAUCAGGUCUCAUCCAGAGUUACAGGUCUUGGCUGCAAAUGAGCCUCAGUCCACCUUACUGGAGAGCACCCCAGACUCCUGGGUACUCAGUUCCAGCCCUUUCUAGAUCUGAUCUUUUCAGGGGGAAAGACAGCUUGAAAUGUUCUUUUCAUUUUAAAGAAAAUCCUUUUGUCUGCUUAAGUUGGAGGCUUCUUACUCUUCCACCUGACAUUUUCUUUUCCUUCUUCCAGAUCAGGAAUAAAAUUUCCAUGCUGCUCAUAAAGAUAAUAUUAUUGUACUAAUUAUUUUUGUUAUUGCCAUUGUAAGUAUGAUCAUGAUCAUCAUGUUGAUAUUUUAGUCAGGGUUUUAAAUGCACAUUUAUUCCAAGUAUCUUUGUGUUUUCUCCUUAAUAUUUAAACUUACUCUCUGUGAGUGUACAAGUAGACUGGAGGGACAUCCAGAUGUCUAGUCUUGUCAGGCAAAAGAACAGGAAAGACUUAGGAAGUAGGAAAAUUGUGUCGUCAUCACUCUCCCACAAAGAGCCGUCAAUAAGAUCCACCACAGAAGUUUAAAGGAGAAUCAAAGCCUUGAUUGGGCUUCUGACACCAUGGUCCUCAUCGAGGUUGUCCUUUUCUAGAUCGCAGCAGCCUGGGAUGUGAUGUCAGGUGGCAUCUCAUGGUGACGUCAGGGGAAUGCCAAGCCACUGACUGCCCAGUCCUUAGCUGGCUUCUCUCCCACAUCUCAGCGCUCUCCCGUGCUUCUGAAAUCUGUUAACUAAAUCCGUGGCUUGCCUCUGAUAUUAAGCAAAAGUAUCCCCUCCCAGAGGUGACCACAGCCCCUUCCUCAAACAUCCACCCGUUUCUCAUCGUCGCACCCGGGGUGUGGCUUAGAUUCUUUAAUGCAGAGACAUUUUCCCCCUUCCAGAAGACAAUGGGCAUGUAAUGUGGCAUAAGAGUGACCUGGCAGGUGGUGCCUUCCCCAGGAAAUUUCACCACACCACCCAGUUCUUCAGCCUGCCCCCUCCCCUGUGAUACAUGUUCCCAGCACCCAAUUCUAGCCGGAAAUGGGUGGAGGGAUGGCAAGAGGCCAGAGAAACCCGGAACAAAGCCAGGCAGCUGCCCAGGCAUUGCAGGCCAUGCCCCCUCUGAAAGCAUCCCCACUGGGUUCCGGCCACACCCCUCAGUGCAUUGUGCUGUAUGUGAUGGGUGCUCACACGCUGUCCCCAAACCCACAAACUGCUAGGCCCCAGAUGAAGAAGGGUGAAAUGGCCGGCUUCACUGCAGGGAAGGGAAGUGAAGUAUUGGGUGAGGCCAGCCCCACAGCCACUGAGCAAAUGUUAGUGCACAUUCUCCUAGUCCUCACCCAAUGGCCUCCUCCAGCCCCAUUCAUGGAGCUGCCACAUCAGAAGCCCCGGGAGAAGCUCCCUGCAGGAGAGGCCAGCUCCCUGUACGCUCAACUGCAUACCUGCCUGAAUCUGCCAUUGGGUCACCUUGGCAAAUAGGCUGCUGUCCCUAGGACCGACCUCUCAAGCAGAGGGAUGCCAACCUAGUCCUUACUUAGCCCAUGAAUCACCUAGAGCAUCCUCUAGUCUACUGUGGGCUCCCUCCUUCCCUUUUGAAGAAACAUCGUUCAGAGUAAGGGGAGGAUUUGAAAGUUCAGGUCAUGGAGGAGUGUUGAACUGGAGCCUACUGAACUGCAGGGCGAUUUGCUUCUGCUCGCUGGGUUCUGACUGGCCCAUCUGGACGUGGACCCCCAUGUCUCUGUGCUUAGGGCCUCUUCGUGAUGUUUUGGAUGUUUCCAAGGGAAGGGGGUGAGCAGAUCAAGGGGUGGGAGAGUCAAGGCUUGAUGCCAGUUAAUACUGUGAAGUGGAGCGUGAGGUCAGUGGAAUUCAGAGGAAAGAGAAGGGUCAGAGCAAAGCGACGUCCGUCUCCUGGACUGUUAACCUUUCUAGCCUUCCAGGUAGUGGAGGUGUUUGAAGGCUGUAGCAGCCAGCUGGCCUGUGUCCUCUUCAACCUGGAAGACUCGGCCUGCCCAAGCACCAACGUGUGGGACAGAUGGACGUCAGGAAGGGCACGGGAGAUCAGCCCAGCUGCCAACGGGACAAUUUCCCUUGAUUGGACCUUGGCAAUGGCAAACACUCAUAUUUGAACAAGCUUGGGGUGGAAGAUUUUGGCUGUGUGAGUGUGAGUGAGUGAGUGGAACAAACUUUCUUGGAAACUGGAGGGAAGAGAUGAGGAGGCUUAGGGAAGUAUUACUGAUGGCUCACGGUUGAGAGAGCGACGUGGGGCCCCAGCUCGCCCCAGCUUUCACCCCAGGUUUUCUUUGUCUGAUGCUGAGGGCAGGGUGGGGUGUGGGACCGCCACUGUUGCUGGCCUGUCAAGUAGCUGCUAGGAUAGAAAAUGGAAGAAGGAAAUGGCUCGGUGCUCUCAACUAGCAGAAUUCAAGAGAGACCAGGGUUCCUUCCACAGGCCAGCCUGGGACUUCACAGUGCCAGCAAGAGUGACUUUGCCAUGACACAUUCCAGCCCCAGGGACUUUGCCAGCUUCAUUCCCCGUCUGUGUCUUUUCCUUCUGAUGUGUUUGACAGCUUUCUGAUGGGGAAGCUUCAAACUUGAGCAGGCCAGAGAUGUCCUUACCAAAUCAGAAAGGAAGGGGAAGCUGUUCCUUUCUUUAGCCAAAGAACCCUUCUCAGACGCCUCCCGAGAUGGACAAAAUGGCAUUCCUCUCGUUCCUUUCCAGGCAAUAAUGACACCAUUAGUGAUGCAAUUCCAUUUAUCUUUCUCUUUCCUCUCUGUCCUUUUUCUUUAAAAAAAAAAAAAUGCAUUUAUUUCAAAACUGUGCUAUUCCUUUAAGAGAAGUGGAGGGGAAUCUUUCCAUGCCGCUGUGAUUGGGAGACUGGAGCACCAUACCAGUGCGUGGGCUUGACUAAUCCCAGGCCACCAUGGGAGCAAGCGAAGCAGAGCUGCCGGGAGUUCAGCUGCGUCACCGGGUUGAGCAUGCUGGGGCUGGGCUCGGGAGAGCAGUACUUUCCCACUGUGAUGCCUUAGAACUCUCACUUCUCACCUCCACAGACCAGACUCGGUGCAAUCUCAGGCCACUAGAGAAUGGAAGACAGUGAAAGGGGGUUAAAAUGCAAAAGAAACCUGUUAGAGGCUUUGACGCGGUGGCUCACUAGAGGGACACAGCAUAGAAGUUUCUCAUGUCUUUGUUGCAGAUUCCUGAAGUUCAGAACUCAGUCAGAGUUUGCAGAGAAAUGGCCCCUGCAGGGCUCAGGCCCCAGAACACCAGCACCAAAGAGGGUCUUCCUGAUGCCCCUGCUGGACGUGCCCAAGCCUCUGAGAGCCCCUCAUCUCAGGUCCCUGUGUUGAACCUGAGAUUGACUGUCUCUUAUUUGUUAAAAUUUGCAACAUCCCUCAUGUAAAUAGUAGCCAUUCAACAUGUGUUGAAUGCUUUCAGGACGCCUGGGCCAAGGCCUCUAUGAGUGUCAUCUCAAGGGGCCCCCACAGCCACCCCACAGGGAGGGGGAUAACAGCCCCCGUUUUCAGAUAAGGAAGCUGACAGGACGCUCUGGAAGGGACAGGUAUUGGAGGAAGGAUAAAGCAGGGAUGCUCCAGAAUCCACUAGGUUCCCUUUUCUGUUAAUCAGGCUCUUCCUGAGAUGUGAUUCCUAAUCUUUUACUUUUUUUAAUGAGUAGCAACGCGUGGCCUCAUAUGUCUAUGAACCGUUUCUCCCAUUUCCUGCGUGCCAAACACUGUGCUGGGAAUUGCCCGUGGGUUGUCCUGUUUCAUCUUCUCGGUAGCCCUGUGAGAUCAGCAAUAUCAGUCCCCCUACAGCCAAGGAAAAUGCCCAGAGCCACGCUGCUCGUGAGGGGCGAGGAGGGCUGGAAUCUGGGUCUGCCCAGCUCCAGAGCUGAGCUUGCAGCCAUUAGCCGCAGCUUUCUCCCGCGUGUCUGUGCAAAGAAAGGCCUUUACACAGCAUCACCCGGUGCCAUCACUGCACCGUGGGACUCAGCUGGAAGGCUGUGCAAAGAGGGGACUCCUGAAUUGGAUGUAGGCAAAAGGGAAGAAUUAGUUUGACUUUUCGAGAAAAUCUCUGGGGAGUUUCUUUUGAUUCAUAGUAGAAUUCCUUUUAGAUUUCUUUCCAGCAUACCAACUAGCUUUUAGUAGUGCUGCUACAACCAACUCUUAUAAGAGUGAAAAAGAAGUAUUCUUUUCUUCUUUAAAAAAUAGUUUUUUCUUGCUUACAGUUAAUUCUAGAAAGGCAAUACUAAAGGUAUAUAUUUUUUUCUAAAUGCUAUUUUUUACUGCACUUGAUAAUUAUCCUGUCAGCUCUGAUCUCUGUAAUAGAUUCACUCUUCAGCUCUGGGCAGAACCAGAGGCAGGGUUCACACCAAAUUUGUAAAUAUCAUAUGUGGUUCUGGUGUCCAGGAACUUUUUACGUUCUGUUAAAAAAAAAAAGGAAGAAGAAGAGGUGGAAGAAAGAUAAGACUUAGAGGAACAAAAGAAUGCUUUCUUUUGAGAUAGAUACUCUUCUUAAAGAAACAGCAACAAUUGUAUAAACAGGAAAACCAGCCAGCUUUCAUGAUAAAAAGGAGUGUCUCUUGCCCUGGUAUGAGAUUAACAGAAAUACAGAUGCAUCUUUGUUUUGGUUGAAAGGUGGUGAGAAUUUAGAAGUGCUUAGGACUAGAUUUUUACUUUUUUAAAAGAACUAUUAUCAUUUGUUAUGAAAUAUUUGUUUGGUUGUUUUGAGUGGGUUUGUUGCUUUUUUCAUUUAAAACCUUCUUUGUUGACUGGCUCCAGGCUUGUUUGCCUAAAUUCUUAGGUAGUUUACACGAGUUCUAGAAUCUUUUAGAACUUUAACUCCAUUGGAAGCAAACCCAACUAAUCAGAGUUUGAGAUCCUGGUUGGUUUCAAUAGGUAUUCUGGAAUUCUGGCAGAACACCUAAAGAUUUGUUUUUAGAAGGUUUUAGAUACAUUAUCUUACACAAACUGUGACCUAAUGGCAAUAAUUACCUCAAAUGUGGGCAUUCAUCCUGGUUUUAGCCUUUUUUGAAAUCCUGUAGCCAGCUUGAUCUUGGAAUUUAAAGACUAUGAAUUCUCUGUGGGCUGAAAAUAAUGAUUAUUUCAUACCCCAGUGAUCGUUGCUUAAGUGAAUUCUGAAAAUAGCUCAUCUUUACAACAAAAAUUAAACCAAGGAAGAGAUUACUCUUUGUGUGUUGUACUCAAAUGUGAUGUUCAAAUGCACAUGUUAAAUAUAUGUGUUUUUAGCUACUGUAAAAUGCUGUUAGCCUUCUAAGAUAUCAAGAGAGUCACAUUUUAAAUGAGUAAACUAAACAAUUGACUGUGGAUACUUAAGCAUAUUUCUGGCUACGUUAAAGAGUUUUAUAGUUUACAUUUAAACUGGUACUUGUUAAAGAAAAGUUCUGUUUAUAACUGACAUCUUCAAACCCCAGCGAAUGCCUCUUAGUUGGACGCCGUGUCUCCCCCAAGGCGGGUGUGUUGUCCAGACUCUUCUGUAGCCCAGCAUGUAACUUCCCUCCGUAUUUUUGGUUUCCAUGUGAACUCGAGAGAAUGUGAAAGGCAAUCCAGAUGGAGGGAGAAGGUGUGAGUCCGCAGCCUGGCCAAAUGCAAAGCUCUCACACACAUGGUAUAAACUUGUGUUCAAGGCCUUCUCUCUGACAUCUUGGAAGAGUCAUUAAGAACAGAUAACCUGGUUCAUUGAUUUUUGUCUUGACUGAAUAUUUAACUUAUUAAUAGAUCCACUGGUUUCCAGGCACCAGACAGUAGAAGACACUGGGGUUCAGGUGACCGCGAGGGCACAGCCGCUACUUCUGGGCCAUGGGUGAUAUUUUGAUCGGUGUUUUGUAGGGGAGGACCAUACACCCCUCCCUAUUCCCGUGGUCACUGGCUGGGUUUUCCAUAUAUCUGCUGUCAUUUGUUCAUUUUCCCCUUGAAAGCAAAAUCAAUGUAAAAGGCUGUGUUUCUGUUUUACUCGUUGUCCAGCUUAGACUCGAAGCCUAGUUGGGUGGGAGGGAGACCUUAUCAUCCUCUCAGAGACGGUCAGUGCUGAGCAGGAGGAGGUGGAGACAGAGGGGUGGCUCAGCCUGGUCCACUGAGACCUGAUGUAAAGGGACACCAUGUUUGGAACAAGAGAGAUGCUUCGAGACGGGAAUGGGCCCCACUGUCACACAGGAACAGACUCGGGGAAUGGCAGUUUCUCUGAGUCUUGGUUUGUUUUGUUUUCUCUUUUGCCACCACCAAACUGCAGGGGACCUGCUGUGACCAAAAGGGCAUUGCUUUAGCAGAUGAGACCUUGAAAACUGCAAAACACCUGGGACCAGGGAGCUAUUAAAAAAUAUAGAAAACAAUGCAUUUGCUUUUUCCCUAUGAACUGCAUCGACAGCGUGUUCUUUCGACAGUCUUUUGGUAGAAUUGUUUCUGUAAAAUAGUUUCCAUCUCACUCUCCUAAUCAUACUCCCACUUCCCUGUUCGUGUGGUAGUGGUGGUGGUGUUUUUCCUUUACGUGAAUUAACCAAAUGAAUUCUGUGUCAUCGUCUUUGGAGCUUAUAUUUUUAAAACAUAGAAAUUGCCUUUUUGUUCAUUUGAAAAGUAAGUACGUUGUAUCUAAAAAGGGCUCUGCCUCUGCUCUCCCUGGCUUCUUUGUAACCAAUAUCCAAAUGAAUCUAGAUCUCCCGGCACUGCCCCCUUCCUUAUGUAGAGUCACUGUCCCAAGAGCCACCUCUGCCUCGACCUGCUGUCACCACAGCCCCGGCCCCAGGCACCCAGGACCCCCAGGAAGCAGAGAGCCCAAGAAGGCCCUACUCAGCCUUGAGGCUGGUGGCCACACCUCCCUGUCAGAGUCGCCUGCUGGGCAGAAGGGGCAAUGGAUUGUCAUUGUGGAAAUUUAUAAGGAGGAACUUGGGAAGUAGAAAGUGGCUUGACCAUGCGCAUCCUUGGUAGCUUCCUGUAACUAAUGAAUGGGACAGAUAAUGCCCCCCCCACCCCGCCCCACCACCCUGCCCCUGAGCAGAUAUUCCUGUCUGCGCUGCCCUGAGUCCUUGGUCCCCUGUUUCUGCUCCCCUCCCUUUUGUGUUCCUGCUCACUUCAAGCUUCUUCCAUGGACUUCCCAGGGCACAAUCAUCUCUGGCCCCCAAAUCAUCUUCAUCCUCUCUGUGUACAUUUUUUUAACCAAAUGAAAUAAACAAGAAAGUCAUACUUUGGGGCAGCAGAAUUUCUAGUUUAGUAGAAUCACUGUAUAGAGAUAGAUGUUGAUAUAUAUGUUUGUGUAUAUAUAUCAAACCAAAUUUGAUAGGAGAAGUAUAGCUUUAUGGAUAAGGAGGAGGAGGAGCUCUUUAGAGGUCGGAGUCAGCAUUGGCGUCUUGGACACACAUGGGCCGUGUCCCAGGCCACUCCGCACACAUGGGGCUGAGGCGUGGUGCCGGGCCCUUGUCAUCCAUAUCACCACAGCAGAGCUGGCGGGCCCUGCAGGGUGCCGCUACUCUCACUGGGUCCCAGCUUCAAGGGCAUCAAUGGGUGAUGGGGGCAACAAAUCAGGAUGACUGGAAUUUUCCAUCCCAUUUUGCUUUGACCACAUGUAUUGAGCUGCAGCCUCUGAUACACUAUCACAUUUCCAAAAAUGGUAUCCAUUAGGAUGGAAAGAGAACGGAUCUGUAGAAAUGUUUACCUUUCAACUGCCCAUGAAUUCAGGACACUGGAUAGAAAGACUCACUCCCCAAAAUGAGAACAGGGAAGAGGAGACCUGGUGACACUCUGUCACCGGGUCCAAGGAACGUGGCUCCCUCCCCACGGUCAUCUCACCUAGAUCUUUCUCUCCCAGGUCAUCUCAGCUCAAUCUCAAUAACCCUAUGAAAGCCCUGGUCUGUUGUGUUCCUUCACCGUAUGGUUUCUGUAAUAAAAAGUGUUAAUCCAUGUUAAUCUAUGUGAAAAUUAUUGCGUGCGACAGUAUUUUCUUGUGUACCUCUUUUCCUAUGUGAAUUGUCCCUCUUUUUUAUUUAUAAAUGUCUACUUUUUUUUUUUAAGACAAACCAAUGUGUUGUAGACCUAUAUGUAACCUAUUCCUUAGUCUCAUAUUAUAGGUAUGUUAUAAGAAUGGAUAUUUGACUUGGCUUUAGAAUGUUUUACAAGAAAACUAAUUCUUAACUGAUCAAGUCCUUGCUACUAAAAUGCUUGUGUUUUUCAUCAUGACGUCGUGUGCUUCUAAAUUAAUCAUUUUCGUUGUAGAAAAAUGGAGUGAAUUUAUAUUAGUCUUGGAAACUAAUAAUAGCAUUGUAAAUUUAUGAGAUGAUUUUAACAGAAAAAAAUUAUAGAAGAAUAUAGUUAUUUUAAUUGUAAUAUUACUAACUGUAGGGUGAGAAAAAGGGGGGUCCCGUUGUGGUGAACUAUGUUAUAGCUUGUUACUCACAGUUUUUUUUGAUCAUUUUUUCGGUCUCUGAGGUGAAACGACUUAUUAAUUAAAAUUUGUAAACUCACAUAUGCAUAUUGUAUAUGUGUAGAAAUGUAAUCACACUUUGUCUUGGAAUUACAUUAAACUGUUUGAAAUCACUGUA